AUGAGUCUGUUGUUCUGGAACGUGCGUGGGCUUGGGAACCGGCGCACCAUUCGGGAGCUCGAGAAGUACAUUCGGGCACAAGAUCCCAUUGCCCUCUUCCUGGCCCAGACGUGGGUGGGUGAAGCUAGGUUGAUUGAUUUAUGCUCUGAGUUGGGAUUUGAUCAUUACUGGGUUACUCCACAAGUAAAUCACUUGGGCUGCCUAGUUCUGUACUGGAAGAACACAAUAACGAUUGAGGUAAUGUCCUCGUCGGCGAAUCAUAUAGAUGCUAUGGUUAGGGUUGCGACGGAAGAGAGUUGGCGUCUCACAGGGAUAUACGGCUUCGCCGAUCCAGCCAAAAAGCGGGACACUUGGGCUCUCCUCCGUCAGCUCCAUACAAGCCCCUCGAUGCCAUGGCUUUGCGCAGGGGAUUUCAACGAAAUCCUCUGGUCCCAUGAGAAGUGCGGCCUUGGCCCAAGAUGCGAAAACCAAAUGAGAGACUUCCGUGAAGUGUUGGAUGAAGCUGGGUUGAAGGACCUGGGUUUUGUUGGGAAGAAAUUCUCGUGGAAAGGCCAACGCCUCGGCGGUUUGGUGCUUGAGAGGCUGGACUGCACUGUUGCCAAUAACCAUUGGCUCUCCCAAAACCCAGGUAUGAAAGUCCAACAUCUCCACUCUUACUCCUCUGACCAUCUAGCCAUUAUUGUAAAACCUGAAGGCAUCGUACCUAGACAAAACCGGCCUUUCAAAUUUGAACAAAUGUGGUUACGUGACAGGGGAUGUAGCAACACGGUCAUCAGUGCUUGGAGUCUGUCUGUAACGGGGGCUACAAUGCCAGAGGUUGCAAGGAAAAUUCAUACAUGUGGGGAAAAGCUCUCUGAGUGGAUUAAAAAUAGUUUUGGAAGCAUUAGGAAGUUGCUUGAAGAAAAGAAGAAGCUCUUGGACAAGGCUGAAAUGGCAGCAGCAAAGGGGGGGGGGGAUCAAUUAGUGGUAAAAUCCCUUCAAAUGGAAAUUAAUUCACUGCUCGACAAGGAAAGCCAGAUGUGGCAACAACGCUCUAGGGCGCUUUUUCUGAAGUGUGGAGACAGGAAUACCUCCUACUUUCACAGCAAAGCCUCCCAACGGUUCUGA